AUGGGGCGUGAUGAGAGCACAAGCUCAUUCUCCACCUUAGAAAGUGCUCAAGAGAAGGAUCUCUCUUGUGUCCCUCAACAAUAUGUGAUUCCAACCUUGCAUAGGUCUAACUUAGCACCCAAAGAAUAUGCUAAUGUUGCUGUUAUUGACGUGGCUGCGCUUAAGAAUGGCUUAGCAACAAGGUCUCGUGCUAUUCAACAAAUUAGAGAUGCUUGUCGUCGUUUGGGUUUCUUUCAAGUUGUGAACCAUGGAGUGAACGAAUCAGUGCUUAAUGAGGCCAUAUCCGUGGCUUCCAAAUUCUUUGAUUUGCCGACAAAGGAGAAGGUGAAGUUGUUGUCAAAUGAUGUGCACAAGCCAGUGAGGUAUGGGACGAGCUUAAGAGAUGGAAUUGAUAAGGUCCAGUUUUGGAGGGUUUUUCUCAAACACUAUGCUUACCCUUUGAAGGAUUGGAUUCACAUGUGGCCAGAAAAUCCACCCGAGUACAGGGGAAAAAUGGGAAGAUAUUGUGAAGAAGUGAAGAAAGUGGGCUUAGAGGUGAUGACAGCACUCAUUGAGAGUCUGGAAUUAGAUCCUACACUUCUAACCACAAAGAUUGAAGAUGGGAUGCAAGUCAUGGCAGUGAAUUGCUACCCACCCUGCCCUGAGCCAGAGAUUGCGCUUGGUUUACCACCACAUUCUGACUAUAGUUGCCUAACCAUUUUGCACCAAAAUUGCCCUGGGCUUGAGAUAAUGGAUUUGGAGGAUGGUACAUGGAAAGUAGUGCCACACGUUGCUGGUGCCCUUCAAGUGCAUGUUGGUGACCAUUUUGAGGUAUUGAGCAAUGGUUUGUACAAGAGUAUUGUGCACAGAGCAACCCUUAACAAGGACAGGACCAGGAUCUCAAUUACUAGUUUGUUCAGUUUGGGGAUGGAUGAUAAAAUGGAGACAGCUAAAGAGCUUGUGGAUGAUAAGCAUCCUAAGAACUAUAGGGAAAGCAGCUUCAGAGAUUUUCUUAACUUUCUGGCAUCCAAUGACAUUGCUGAAGGGAAGAAUUUCAUUGACAUGCUCAAGAUCAACUAUAACUAA